AUGAGCAACAACGGCGAUGCAAACGGCGUCCACGCCCACGUCAGCGCGUGCGCCGCUGCGGACCCCCCCAAAUCAGCGCAAGCGGCAAGCGCCCCCGUCCUCGUCGUCGGCGCAGGGCCUGUGGGCCUCGCCGCCGCCGCGUGGCUGGCCGAGUACGGCGUGCCGGUCCGCAUCAUCGACGUGGCCGAUGCCCCCAGCCCCUAUAGCAAGGCCUUUGCCGUUUGGCGCCGCACCAUGGCCGCCCUCGCGCCCCUCGUGCCCCCCUCCCGCUGGGCCGCGGCCGGCACCCCCCUCUCCCGCAUCACGAUGUGCGACGCCGGGCACGCGCUCGCCUCCGUCACGCUCGCGGACGCCGACGCGCGCGGCGACCACGCGCUGCCGCCGGGCGUCCUGCUGGGCCAGGCCCAGACAGAGGCACUCCUCACAACCGCCCUGCGGGAGCGCGGCGUCGAGGUCGAGCGCGGCGUGAGGCUGUCAUCUUUCGCAGCCGACGCCGACGGCGUCGACUGCCUCCUGGAGCGCGCCGCGCCCGCCGACGAGGCGCCGCCGGGCGGCAGCGCCCCCGCGGCGGCGCAGCAGGAGCGCGUGCGCGCGUCCUACCUGAUCGGCGCCGACGGCGCGCGCAGCGCCGUGCGGCGCGGGCUGGGGGACCCCUUCCCGGGGGUCACGCUGUCACGGCGGUUCCUCCUGGCUGAUGUGGAGGUCGACCCGCCGCCCGGCCCCGCGCCGGCGGCCGCGGGGGCGGGGUUGGGACGCCGGGAGCUUGAGUCUGGGCUAUGGCUGGGGGCGAUGUAUCUGACGACGACGUCUGAGGGGCUGCUGAUGGUGGUGCCCAUCAGCCCCACGGCCUGCCGCGUGGUCUUAGACGGCGGGAAGAUGGAAUGA